AGAAAGGAAAUGAUAAAAUAGUACUAGUAACUACUAAUCUAAAACAGUUGUUAGCUACACCAUGCCUAUGCCAAUUUGGCAACUAUGUCGAAACACUCAUCCAGUUCUACAAAUCAGAGCGUGCAACAACAACGACCCUGGAUCCAAAUCAGUUACAGGGAAAUCCAAGGUAAGUCCCCAACUGAACCGGUGGUCCAGGGCUCGUGCAAUACGUUCUGGUCGAAAAUUGGACCGCUCUAGUUCCCGAACCCAGACCCUAGAAGAACCCAACCACUCUCCACAUACAACAGCUCACCUCGCUGUUGACGCAGAUGACUCCGUCAGUGAUGACGGCACAGAGUUUAGGGCCAAGUCCAUUUAUAUUGUCUCCGACGGAACCGGUUGGACCGCUGAACAUUGUGUUAACGCCGCUUUGGGUCAGUUCGAUUACUGCUUGGUUGAUCGUGGUUGCCCCGUUAGUACUCAUUUGUUUUCUGGGAUUGAUGAUGGUGAGAGGUUAAUGGAGAUAAUAAAGCAAGCAGUGAAGGACGAUGCAUUACUUGUGUAUACAUUAGCCGAUUCUUCAUUAUCUUCAACAGCUGAGAAGGCCUGCAAAUUAUGGGGUGUGCCUUCUACUAAUGUACUGGGACCCAUUACAGAGGACAUUGCUUCUCAUUUGGGCGUGUCUCCCUCUGGCCUUCCCCGUGGUGCAUCUGGCGUUCCUCUCUCCGAUGAUUACUUUCGUAGGAUUGAAGCUAUUGAAUUCACUAUCAAGCAAGAUGACGGGGCAUCUCCACAGAAUCUUGCCAAGGCUGAUAUUGUUCUUACUGGGGUUUCCCGAACUGGGAAAACGCCUUUGUCUAUUUAUCUUGCUCAGAAAGGGUAUAAGGUCGCCAAUGUACCGAUUGUAAUGGGGGUGGAAAUGCCUAGGACUCUCUUUCAGGUUGAUCCAAAGAAGGUUUUUGGAUUGACUAUAAAUCAUGGCGUUUUACAGGAUAUUAGAAGAACAAGGGCUAAAACUUUGGGAUUUAGUUCAGGAUCAAGGACUAAUUACUCGGAAAUGGAUUAUAUUAGAGGGGAACUUGAAUUCGCAGGAAGGCUCUUUGCACAGAACCCUGUCUGGCCGGUUAUUGAUGUGACUGCUAAAGCGGUAGAAGAAACUGCAGCAGUUGUAUUGAGGCUGUUCCAUGACCGUAAGAAUAAGUACACAAUGUCUAGCAUCUCAAAACGCUACUAAAGAUGUUGAUAUUCACUCGUUGAACUCCAUAUUGUAAAGCAUCAAAGUUUUAUACUAUUGCAAAGCAGAAUUUGCUGACUACUCAUAAAUCAUUUAUCAUACGCAAUUGUAUAUUUAGCCUACAGGUAUGCCUUUUUUGUGUCAUAGUUUAUUCUAUGUUAUAUUAUGGAAUAUUACUAUCUUUUUUUCUUUUUUAUUUUAUGGAAUAUUGGAACAUUACUAUCGAUUUCAAACCAUGUAGUAUAAUAAAUAAGUCGAUUCUAAGAAA